AUGGUUAACAACUACAUACGGAAGACCUCUAGGGCCUCUUGGUCGGAGGAAACAAUGAAAACAGCAAUUGUAGAAGCAAAAAAAUCCUCAAUAAAAAGUGCAUCUCAAAAAUAUGGAAUACCGUAUACUACGCUGCAACGUCAUGUAAAAUCUAAUAGUAGUAUAAAGAGUCUUGGCAGUUUUAAGCCUGUAUUUAAUGAAGAGCAAGAGAAAAUUUUAGAAAAACAUUUAAGGGAUCUAGAUGCACUGUUUUACGGUCUGUCGAGAAAUGAGUUUAAGGAAUUAGCUGGUGAGUAUGCUAAGCGACAGAAUAUACAAACGCCAUUUAAAAACAAUAUUGUCGGUAAACAGUGGUUUAAAAAAUUUUUAAAACGUCAUCCCGAUAUUGUUUUAAGAAGCCCAGAGCCGACAUCGGUAGCCAGAUUAUCAGCUUUUAACAAACCAGCUGUGACCCGAUUUUAUGAUUUGUUGGAGACCAUUGUCCAAGAGUAUCAUAUCACUCCUAAUAUGAUAUACAACAUGGAUGAGACAGGUGUGAGGACCUCGUCUACAAAACCACCACAAGUACUUUCAGUACUUGGUAAGAAGCAGGUCGGCAUGGUGAGCAGCUUAGAGAGGGGUACUUUAACAACAGUAAUCUGCUGCUGUGGCGCAACAGGCUGUUACGCACCUCCCCCAUUUUUUAUUUUUAAAAGGAAAAGGUUUCAGCCACGUCUACUAGAUGGGGCAUGUCCUGGUAGUGAAGGCACCAUAUCAGAUAGUGGAUGGGUAAGUGGAGCAAUUUUCUUAGAGUGGCUAAUAGCUUUUGUGAGUUACGUGCGUCCUACGAGUGAAUGUAAGGCUUUAUUAAUUCUAGACAAUCAUGAGUCUCAUAAAUUUUAUCCUGCUUUAGAAUAUGCAAGAGAUCAUAACGUUAUAUUUUUGUCUAUUCCUCCACACACAUCUCAUAAGUUACAGCCACUUGAUGUUGCUGUCUAUGCACCAUUUAAGGUGGCUUUUGAAAUUGAGAUAAAUAAGUUCCAAAAGCAGUAUCCAGGGCGAGUUAUUUCGCAGUAUGAAAUUGUACGUCUCGUUACACCUGCUUACUUAAAAGUAGCAACACCAAAAAACGCCAUGAGCGGAUUUAGAGCAGCCGGAAUUUAUCCGUACGAUAGAAAUGUGAUAGAUGAAGCACUAUUCGCACCUUCUACUGUCUACGAGGCAUCAAUUUCACACUCUGCAGGCGAAGACCACAGGACUCCCACGCCUUCUCAAUUAGAAACAACUGUUUCACCUAUGACAACAGAUACGAUCGCCAUACCACAGGCUUCAAAAACACCACACAUUCUGUUCACUGUACCACCAGAUGAAAUUACUUCACUAGUUUUGACGACACCACCUAUUUUGGCACACGUACACACACACGAGAUCAUUCCUCCAGAACAGACAACACCUGUUUUGAAGACUCCAGAAAAGACCCAAUCUACGUUGACAGCUCCACACAUUCCCACAGUACCAAAAACCAUUGAUUAUUUUACUUCAUACAGCGCGGAAAUACUCAAAGAAAUUCAUCCAUUGCCCCAGCAACAGUUUAAAAAACAAAGUAGGGGUAGAAAAUUACAAAAAUCUGAAAUAUUAACCAGCACACCUGUAAAAACCAUACAAGAAGAUAAAUUUAAAAAAACAAGUUUUAAAAUAAACCUUGGAGCUUCUGUGUCUGGAUUAAAGAAGUCAACAACCGGCAAGAAAAAAGACUUUUCGAAAUUAAAGACAAAGAGUGCAGAAAAGACAAGACGAGGUAAAGAAAAUGAAGAGAAAAAAUAUUAUUGUACUGUGUGCAAGGACUUGUAUACCAGUCCCCCCAUAGAAGACUGGAUUGAAUGCUCUCAAUGUCGCGAAUGGACGCAUGAGAGUUGUUCGUCAUACUCGGGACAUGGUUCCUAUUUUUGUGAUUUUUGUAGUGAUUAG